AUGAACGAUGGAGUGGAGAAUGCGGGGCCGUCUACCGACACGGGGGCCGACUUGUCCAUCAAAACAAUUAUGGAGCAGCAACGCGUCAUUGCCACCCUCCGCGAGAUGAUUACAGCCAUGAAGUCGCGGCUGUCGACACUUGAGGCUGCCGCAUCCAAUGAGGUGGCACAUCCCUCUGCUACCGCUACCGGGAAUUGUGACAAGGACGCCUCUCUGCACCAAAAAGAGAAUGUGCGGCUUAGCCGCUUAGUGGAGCAGUUGACCAGCGAACGCGAUGCGACAACAGCAAAGUGCGCGGAGCUGGAGGCUGCCGUUGAGAAAGGGGACUGUCGGAUGGCGGAGGCUCUCAAAUGCUGCAGACGGUUGAAGCAGAUGGAGGGAGAAUUGCGCACGACACGCUGCCUUUUGAACUUUACCGAAUCGCGUUACAGGGAGACGGAGCUGGACUGUAGGCGGCUGAAGGAGGAGAUGGAGGCCUUGUCGUUUGAGCGUUCGCGCUGGAAGGCUCUUGCGAUGACCAUUACAAACCGACUUGACACCGUUACGCGGGAGCGAGCGCUCAUGCACAUCAGCUCAUUGGAGCGUGAGCAGAGCAUGCGGACAGCAGAGCGCCGAGCAGUUUCCCCAAACAGCAAUGCCAAUACGACUGCGGCGGCAAUUGCCAGUGAUAAUGUGACAUCUCUCCCAACAUUUGACGCCAUGGAGCUGAUUUCCGCGUGGGGUACUCAACAAACUGCCCCAUUACCACCACUCCCGCGCGGUGUAGUCAACGACGGUACCAGGCGUUCUUCACCGGCCUUGCCAUCUAGGAGUAUUACCCCGCGACGUAAAGGCGGCCGCUAUUUGGUACCACUGUAG